GUCUACGCUCCGCACUAAGGUCAACGCUGUCACUCGGUGUCUAACCAGCAGCCGGUCAGUCGCAACAAGCGGAGAAACCCAACUAAGCCCGAACCAGAACCAACCAGCAUCAUGUCUCUGUCCAACAAACUCACCCUGGACAAAGUGGACGUGAAGGGGAAGCGCGUCGUCAUGAGGGUCGACUUCAACGUUCCCAUGAAGGACAAACACAUCACAAACAACCAGAGGAUCAAAGCAGCCGUUCCCACCAUCAAACACUGCCUGGACCACGGGGCCAAAUCUGUUGUGCUGAUGAGUCACCUGGGUCGCCCCGAUGGAAACUUCGUGCCCGAGAAAUACUCCCUGGAGCCGGUCGCUGCCGAACUCAAGACCCUGCUGGGAAAGGAUGUUGCCUUCCUGAAGGACUGUGUGGGGCCAGACGUUGAGGCCGCCUGCGCUAACCCAGCCGCCGGGUCUGUUAUCUUGCUGGAGAAUCUCCGUUUCCAUGUCGCUGAAGAAGGAAAAGGCAAGGACGCUUCUGGAAACAAGACCAAAGCCUCCCAGGCUGAGAUCGACUCCUUCAGGGCGUCUCUGUCCAAACUGGGUGAUGUCUACGUCAACGAUGCCUUUGGCACGGCCCACAGAGCCCACAGCUCCAUGGUGGGAGUGAAUCUGCCCCAGAAGGCUGCUGGUUUCCUGAUGAAGAAGGAGCUGGACUACUUCGCCAUGGCUCUGGAGAAACCUCAGAAGCCCUUCCUGGCCAUCCUCGGAGGAGCAAAGGUCAAAGAUAAGAUCCAGCUGAUCAACAACAUGUUGGAUAAGGUCGACGAGAUGAUCAUCGGCGGCGGCAUGGCCUUCACCUUCCUCAAGGUCCUCAACAACAUGGAGAUCGGUACCUCCUUGUACGACGAGGAGGGAGCCGGCAUCGUCCAGGAUCUGAUGGCUAAAGCCAAGAAGAAUGGCGUCAAGAUCACGCUGCCCGUCGACUUCGUCACCGCUGAUAAGUUUGACGAGAAAGCCACCACUGGCACCGCCACGGUCGCUGCUGGCAUCCCCGCAGGCUGGAUGGGUUUGGACUGUGGAGCAGAAAGCUCUAAGCAUUACGCUGAGGCUGUGGGCCGAGCCAAGCAGAUUGUGUGGAACGGCCCCGUCGGUGUGUUUGAGUGGGAGAACUUUGCCAAAGGGACGAAGAACUUGAUGGACAAAGUGGUGGAGGUGACCAAAAACGGGUGCAUCACAAUCAUUGGUGGGGGCGACACCGCCACCUGCUGUGCCAAGUGGAACACAGAGGACAAGGUCAGCCACGUGAGCACAGGAGGCGGAGCCAGCCUGGAGCUGCUGGAGGGUAAAGUCCUGCCUGGCGUGGACGCCCUCAGCAGUGCUUAAACUUCCCUGGUCAGCUCACUGGUUUGUUUGUGUGUGUGUGUGUGUGUGUGUGAGAGAGAGUGUAUGAGUGGGAGGGGUAGCUACUCAACCAGACUCCAUGAAACCUGCUUCAGCAACCACUCUGGGUUUUUUAGACGUCUGUUUUUAAAUAACCGAGACGUGUGAAGACUAAAUCAGAACAAACGGUUUUUGUGACUGCAACACAACUGUAACACAACUGUAACACAACUGCAACACAACUGCAACACAACUGCAACACAACUGCAACACAACUGCAACACAACUGCAACAACUUUCCAAAGCGUCGUCGUUGCCCGACAAACUUAAACACUGGCUGAAGUGUGUGUGUGUGUGACAGAGAGAAUGUGUGUAUUGCUGUGUCACUUUUCCAUCGCUGCCCCUGAAAUGUCACUGCAACAAUUUAGAGAACAUAUAUAUAUAUAUAUAUACAUACAUAUAUAUAUACACAUAGAGCUCGUUAGUGUGUGUGUGUGUGUGUGUAUGUAUAUAUGUGGGUGUCCCUAGAUGUUCUAUUUUCUGCCCGUCGGCACCGAUGUUGGCUCUGGUCCCGUCUUCUCUGGCUGUUGCUUUGUGAGCAGCAUUGGACUGAGAUGUGGUUUCCGUCUCAGACGAUCUGUUCAGGUCAAUAAAAGUGUCUGUGUAAAAAAAAAAA